AAUCAGAGAUCACUGAACCCAGAAUAGACUGAUGGGAACAAAGUCUGUUGGUAGUUCUCCUUUCUUUAAGAAGGUUGAAUUCUGCAUCAGUCUCAAGAUCUCCACUGUAGAAGCUGCUGAGGAUCUGGAAAGACGGUCAAGAGAGAGAAGAUGUCUGAUAAGUGUGAUCUGUGUCUGCUGGGACUCAUCUUUCUCUCUUCACUUCUCACAGGUAUCAGUGGAGUGGAUGAUCAUGUGUUCAUCAGUUCUGGUGUAAAUGUCCGUCUGUCCUGUAAAAAUACUCUUCAUAACUGUACAUCAACUACAUGGAUCUAUUAUAACAGAUAUUCAGAAGGAGUUGAACUGAUCGGUUUAGGGAUAAAGAAGAAAGACACAGAGAGACAUGAGAGACUGAGUCUGAGGUCUGACUGCUCUCUGAACAUCAAGAACAUCACAGAAGAAGAUUCUGGACUUUACAUCUGCAGACAAUAUGUGAAUGGAAUAAAACAACAUGGAGCUGAUGCUCUUGUUUAUCUGCAUGUUCUUCAGGUGUCUUCAUCAUCUUCGUCAUCCUCACAGACUGAGAUCAGUGCAGACUCUGUGACUCUCUUCUGUCAGCUUUAUUUAUAUUCAUAUACUAGAGACUCUUGUGAUGAUUGGAUCAGUUCUGAGAGAAUUGAGGUGUUCUGGGUGAAUCAGGCUGGUGUUAAACUGAAGAGAUCAGACUACAGAGAUCAGAUAUUAUUUUCAUCAGAUCACUGUAUAAUCAGUCUGAAUACAACACUCCUGAAUGAAGAUCUCUACAGAGAGUGGAGAUGUGAAGUUACUCACAGAGAUCAAGUCAAGACCUCAGUCACAUUCACUGUCAGGAGAUCAGUGACCUGCCAGACCUCGGAUGGAUCUGAACGUUCAUCUUCCGCAGCUCCAGAUUCAACAACACAGAUUCAAGUCAGCAGCUCAAACUCUGAGACGACUUCAAGACAAACUCCAGAAGUAGCUCUUGCACGAGUGAUUGUGAUUAUUGCAGAGUUUGCAGUGUUUGCUGCUCCUACUGUGAUUCUUCUUCAGAUCGUCUGUGAGAGAAGAGCUGGGAGGAAGAAACUGCAGCACAAAGAAACAGUGAUGUACGAAUAACCGGCCAGAUUACACCAAGAUUCGUCUUCAUGUCAAUAAUAAUAUAUUAUGGAGAUUUGCAUACAGCUUUCAGGAAUAUGUUUAUACUGUACUGCCUAUUUUUAAAUGUAAUAUCUUUAGAGCGUGACAGGUGGUCUUUAAUGACCAUUAUUAUUUUUAAAAUAAUUCAAAUACAUAGUACUUUUCUAACUUAACUAGUUAUUGCAUACAAUUUUUCACGGAAGGGUUUAAAUGUUAUAAUAGUCCAUUAGCUGAUUAUGCCAGACAAGUCUAUUGGUUAUCAUGACAUAUUUACAGAUGUAUUUUGAUGCGUUUAUUAUUGUUUGAUCAUUUCAAUGCAGAUACAUCUAUAUGAAAUACAUGAAAUAUGAGCUGAAUACUUUGGCAUUAUUUCAUUGAAUUAAUAUUGCAUUUAUUGUCACUAUAAACAUGUUUUCCUGCUUCUGAACCAUCAAUACCUUAAACGUAAGAAAAAACUAAAUAUAUAUAUAUAUUUUUCACAUGUAUGCUUAUAAAAUAUCAAAAUGUUAAAACAUUAGAUGAUUUAAUGUACACAUUGAAAA